ACAAGUUCCUGGUGCGAAAAUUCGCGAAGAAUGAGAGUGAAAUGGAGCACAGCCAGCGGCCUGGCCAACAAACAGGCGGAACUGAUGAAAGUCCUCGAGAUAAGUCAGAUAAAAAAGCAGAUAGAGGUCCUGCUGACUUUCCUGCCUGACGAGAUCCUCUAUCUCCCCAUGGAAGAACUAAGCAAAGUCCACAAGUUCGUCGGAGUCCUCCUCUUCGCUGACGUUUCCGGAUUCACCCCUCUAACGGAGAAAUACAACAAAACUGGAAAAGGCGGUAUAUACAAACUGACAGCUACCCUAAACGCUUACAUAGGAGCCAUAGUGGAAGUCAUCUAUUACUUCGGCGGAGACGUCCUCAAGUUCUCCGGAGACGCCUUCCUAGCCCUCUGGAAAGCCCCAACAGACGUAUGCCUGUACGAGGUCAUCCACGAGGUCAUAGUCUGCGCCCUUUUCAUACAGAAAACCUUGGGUUUCUUUGAAACCGAAGUCAACGUCCUCCUCAAGGUCAAACUGGCCAUUUCCUGCGGCAACCUGACGAUCUCUGUCAUCGGAGAUGACAAGUUCAAGCACUACGUCAUCCUGGGGCAGGCUGUGAACGACGUCAAAGCUGCAGAACACGUCAGCAUCUCCGGGGACAUAGUCGUUUCGCCAGCUGCUUGGGGACACCUUGCUGAAGAUGGUUACGAUGUAACCCACACCCUUGGUGGCAACGUCAAGGUAUGGCAAUGCACGUACAAACCCAGCCAGAAGGAGAAAGAGAAACAGUACAAGGAGAGGUUCCGAGAGAUCACCAAGUUGUGCCAGCAACACAUCGAACUCAGGAAUGCGCUGCACCAAAACAAGAAGCUAAGCGAGAACAUAACUGAUAGCUACUUGAUCGAGAAGUUCGUGCAAUCCUUACCACCGAGGAAAACGAUGAAGGUGGCCGUGCAACAGUGGAUCAUGAAAGAACUGAGCCCUUUCAUCAUAAAGCCAGUUUUGGAACAGGUGGAAGAAAUGCAGCCCUUGCAGUACCUCACGGAGAUGAGGGAGGUGACAAUUCAGUUCAUCAACAUAGUACCAUCCACUUUCGACGAAAACAGGCUGGUGGUGAUGGUAGAUUCGGCUUACAAAAUAGUUUGCAACAUUGCUUCCGACGUAUUGGGCGUGGUAAACAAGGUCUCCCUGUUCGACAAAGACGCAAUGAUGUUGGUGCUCUUCGGCCUGAAAGGCGUUGGACACGAACUGGAGAGUCAGAACGCUUUGAAAUCGGCGUAUCAGAUAAGGAAAGAUAUCGUUGAGUUGGAGGAUGUUAAAAGCGUUUCCGUUGGUAUCACUCAUGGUCUCGUAUACUGUGGAGUUGUCGGUCAUCCCUUGAGAAAGGAAUACACAGUUAUAGGGGGACCCGUGAACAAAGCAGCCAGAAUAAUGUGCGCCUACGAGCAUAAAGUAACGUGCGACUAUGAGACCUACACCAAUUCGAAACUCUCGUCCACGUAUUUCCAGUUACAAUCCGCCUAUAAACUGAAAGGUAUCGAAAACGCCGGGAACAUAUUCGAAUACAAUGAAAACUUCGAAGAAGAAGGGCAAGCUAAGCCUCAGACGAUUUCCUUGAUUGGUAGAAUGGAGGAGAUUGGAUUCGUCGAGGAAAUACUGGCAGGGCAACACUCUUUUUCUGGUGUCCUCUUCAAGGGAGCAGAUAAGAGUGGUAAAACUUCCCUUUUGGAAUACUUCUACGACGAAUGCCUAAAAAGAGACCUUCUACCGGCCUUCGUAGCCUUACACGAAGGUAACCAAAGGCCUUAUCACUGCAUAUCCCUGAUAUACAGACAGAUGUUUGACCGUUUGAGCAGCAUCCAAACCGCCACAUCCUCCUUGGAGAAUUUCAAGAGGAACAUUUGGAACUUUAACGAAAUAUUGCAGGAAAAACUUGUGCCUUUGUCCAACGAAGUGACAGACAGAAAGAAGUCGAUCUCCGACAGUUUUCGUCAAUUAUGCGGAUCUAAGCAGACGGUGAUAAUAGUCGAUAACGUGCAAUUUCUCGACCUAAGAAGCUUCGAAAUAAUCGACGAUAUCUUGAAAACGGGUAACUUCAAGCUGAUCAGCGCGGGCACUUUCUCGGAGACCACGUGGGAUACCCUUUUCCAAUUUUCCUUGUCUGAUCGCGUCAAAGUUGUGGAUUUGGCUCCGUUGGAAUCUUGCUGGAUAGCCCCUCUCAUCUGCCGAUUCCUCAAGGUGGUAGGGGUGCCCAAAAGCCUGGUUCAUCUGGUGGAGAAGAGUUGCGAAGGAAGGCCAGGAUGGAUACAGAGUUGCCUGCUGAAACUGGUGAAUAACAGCGGCAUCAAGAUCGAGUACGUCCUCCCGGACAGCGGCAUGCAAGACUGGGUGAUCUUUCCCCCGAACGAGAUGACCGCCCUAGAACUCCUCGGGAUGGGACAGGAAUACCUCGGGUCGAUGCUGACCCUCGAUCAGGUCGUCCCCAUCGUCGUCUUCGCCAAGGACAAGAACGAGAACGUCAAGGAUCUGACGUUGGCCGCCAUCUCCCUGGACCUGUUCGACUCCUUCACCCCCUACGAGCAGCUGAUCAUCAAGACGGCGGCCGUUUUAGGGGUGACGUUCACCAGGACGUUGCUGGUCAUCAUGCUCAAGUAUCCGAACAUGCAGACCUUCAACAACGCGAUGAGGCACCUCUUCGAGGAGGGCGUUUUCGAGUGCGGCACCAAAUACAUCAGUUCUGGAGGGAGGUACAGCAGACAGACGACUUGCUCUUGCUACUUGACGCUGGAUCAGUUGGAGCUGGAAGCGAUAGACCAGAAUCUGCCCAAGUACUCCUACUGCAAGAACCUACACUUCAAGAACGGCACUUUGAGGUCGGUUGCCUACGAGUUGAUACCGGCCAACCAGCGUAAGGAGUUGCACUUGAAGACCACGGAAAUCCUGGAGAAUCAGAACAACUCCUGUCCGAAUUGUCUGAGGGACGAUUCUCCUGUGAUCUUUCAAUUUCACAAGUUCAGCCGUAUGGCCCAGGAGAGCGAAGGAAGGACCAGCAAAUCCGGGUUCGGAGUCAGUUCUCAAGAUAACAACGUGACUACAGAAAAGAUAAAAGAUGUUAUAAGGGCAAAUAUAGAGAUGAACUACUCUGAACCUACAGCUGUUAGCGUUUUUGUUCCAUCUAGGAAAGUAUGGGACCCAACCGUGUGUUUCUGCCUCGAGAUUCUGACGAGGGUAUAUGGAGAUUUGGUAUACCACAGCGGACAAGCUGGUCAUGCCAGCAAAACCAUGUUUUUUCUCUACCAGAACGGAUUGAUCCUGUCCCUUCUCGACGAGCUGGAAGAUGCUGUCGAGGUGCUAAAAGAGGCCAGUGAGCUAUGCAUACGUCACAUCUACGCCAGAAGCAGGGUCAAGCUGUCUUUCGCCAAGUACAUCUUCGCCAAGAUCUGCUCCCUACUGGCCGAGCUCCACUUCAGCCUGAACAACUGGAAGGCGGCCAAAAACUACUGCAUGCUCACCCUGAGACAGUUCGACGUCCCUAUGACCUCCCUCUCCCUCACCGGACGCGUCAAGAUCUUCAACAGGCUCUUCGCCGACCACAGGAGGCUGGACCAGCACUCCAAAGACUCCAUAGGCAAGUGCCUCUCGGUGGUCAGCAGGAUCUUCGCGGCCGAGGGAAGGUGGAACCUGGCCAUCGGCGUGGCCAACAAGAGCCUCGAGCUGGUCAAGUACUCCAACCCCAACGUGGAGCUACUGUGCGACGUGUACAGCAACGCGUUGGACAUGCACUGCUUCAGGGACGACGGUCACGUGUGCGAACAGUUGGUCAGGAACCUGGGCCAGGAGCUGACCAGGCUGUACGGGAACAACCUGACCAGCGAGAUCUUCGCGGUCGCCAAGCUUAUGUACGUGGUUUUCCAGGUGAAGGCUAAGGCUGGGGCUCUGGUGGUCGCUACGAGGAUGGGGUUCAGGCUCUUCGAAUUGAAUAGACUGCUUCACGCGUACGUUUUCCAACUAGAAAUGAUACCAAUCCUGUGCUUCCUCCUGAUAUGUCAGAAGAGACUGGACGACGUGGUAUUCACGGCCAAAUACCUGAAGAACAUGGGCAAGAAAUACGACCAGAGAGGCGAAACCGCGUACUACGCCAUCUGCUUGAUGAUGAUAUCGGAAACUAACUUCCAUCUGGAACCCAUGGAAGAGCUAGAGGCCUACGCCGACAAAAUCUUCAUCGCCGACAAGACCACCACCGCCUACUACAACCCCCUUCACGACACCCUAGCCCUGUACGUCAUCUCCCAGCUGUUGAGGAAGGGAAAGAUCAACAAGGCUUCCAAAUGGCGACAGUUUCAAUGCAACCCUACCGAAACCGCCAGGAGCUUCUUUGGCUUUUGGAAUCGGCUGAAGUAUACGGAAAACACGCUCCUUCUGCUAUGUAGGGACUUGGGGUCGAAGACCAACAUACCGGACUUCGUGCCGCAGAAGAUACGACGCCUGCUAGACGAGUGCGGCAAACAGAUGGACGUCUGGAGGGUGUUCAUGCCGAGGUACCUCCAUUGCGUGGCUUAUUACAAGAAGUUGAGGGGAAAGGGGAGGAGGGCCAUGGAGGUGUUGAAGGAGGCCAUCGAGGAGGCGAGGAAGGCCGAGAAUGUCCUGGAAGAGUGCUGGAUAGCCCUCAACGAGAAUUAUUGGAAGGGGGAUUAUUAUUUUCCGGAGGGUAAGGGGUCGGUAUUUUGGAGAUCGGCGAAUUUCUACGGGAAGGAGGAUUGGUCGCAGAUGAUGAACGUUUUACCUUUACCUUAAGCUUAAAAAAACGUCGAUUUGUAGUUUAUUUUUCGAGUUGUAUUAAAUCCUGUGUAUUAGUUCGUUUAAAUUAAUAAAAACAAAACUGAAGGC